AUGAAGAUUAAUAAGUUUAUAUUAAUAUUUUUUAUUUCUUUCUUAAUAAUUAGUUCAUGUUUUGCUUCACCUAUAAAAUGGAAAAAAACUAAAUUUAAAAGUAAUGAAAAGAGUGAAAUAUAUGUUGAUAGUCAAAUUAAACAAAUGAAAUUAAUUUUAAAUAGUGAUGAAUUUAAAAAUGGAAAUUAUAAUAAUUUUAAUUCAUCAAUGGUUAAAUUUUCAAAUCAAAUUCAAUUAUUUGAAAAUGAUAAAAUAUUGGCAUUCUUUUUAGAUCAAAUUAGAGAUUAUUUUUCAGAGAUUGGAUUCGAUCCAAUUACAUUGGAAAGUUAUAUUAAAACACUUUGUAAUACAUUGUUAAUUUGUAAAAUUCCAAUUUUAGGUGAUGCAAUUAAUUUAACCGUUGAUACAGUUGGUAUAUUAUUAGAAGCUCAAUGUUAUAGAGAUAGAAUUUUAAAUACACCUGUUCUUGGUGGUUUAACAACUUCUUCUCCAACAAAACCGCCACUAUUGCCUCAAAAACAACAUUAA